UCUUUCCACCUUUUAGGUAAACCCACUAUCUAUGGGAGUCUGAAGUGCGAUGGAGUGGGCACAGACGGAAUCCCCGAAAUCACUUCCUCGGAAGAGUUUGUUAUUCAACAGAUUACAAAGAAAAGCCUGCGGAUCUCCUGUCCUGCUGAGAACGUCUCCAGUAAAUUCCUCGCCCCUUAUACCAGCUUCGCAAGGAUCCAUGAGAAAAGUGUCACAUGUCUGGAUAUCUCCAGCGGAGGGGGUCUUGGUGUGUCUACCAGCACCGAUGGAUCAAUGAAGGUCUGGCAGACUAAUAAUGGAGAAACCAGGAGAGUCCUGGAAGGUCACAUCUUUGAUGUCAACUGCUGCACAUUCUUCCCAUCUGGUAUGGUAGUGCUGAGUGGCGGGAUGGACGCUCAGGUGAAGAUCUGGUCUGUGGAAGAUGCCAGCUGCCCCGUCACAUUCAAAGGACACAAAGCAGGAGUCUUGGACCUGGCGAUAGUGGACCGUGGGAGGAAUGUCGUGUCCUGCUCACGGGAUGGAACAGCCAGGCUCUGGGAUUGUGGGAAAUCGUCAUGCCUUGCUGUUGUGGCAGAUUGCGGAGUUCCCAUUAAUGGAAUAUCUCUCGGUGUCGCAGACAAUACAGUUAAUCUUGGGACAGCAGAGACAACGCCCAAUGACAGAGAGAUUGGUACUGAAGGGAAGCUGCUGCUGUUAGCACGGGAAGAUAAGAAGUUGGAGGGAGUCAGUCUGCACAGCCGCCAAUCUGUUUUCACGUUUGAUGGGUCAGAUGCUUUCAACUGCUGCACAUUCCUCUCCAGCCUGGUCAUCCUGGCCGGGAGUCAAGAUGGAAACAUCUACCAGCUGGACAUCCGAAACACAAAAGUUCCCAUACAGACCAUCUGCAAGUCAGGAGCUCCAGUAUUAUGCCUGGUGCCAUUCAGAGAGGGCUUCAUUGCCAGCCAAGGUGACGGGACCUGCUUCAUCCUCCAGCAGGAUUCUGACCAUCUUCUAGAGCUCUCAGAACCAGACUGUGACCCCGUGUACAAGGUAGGCACUUUAUUCAUCACCGACUGUGCAGUUUAUAUUUAUUCAUACUGA